UAUAUAUAUAUAUAUUAGGUGGGGGAACUCUCAUGUCAAGUGGCUGAAAUCUCCUCACAGAGUCCAAGUGACCCGAUCGCCACUUUUCUUUGGAAGAGCUCUCUUUUCAAGCCCUUCAUAGCUGUGGGCUUGUGGAUUUUUAAGGUUCUUUAGCAUUAAUCCAUUUUCAGGUGCUAAUGUUUAAUAAAACUGGAAACAUUGUUUUGGAUGAAAAGGCUGCAAUCGCUGUCCCACGGCCAUGCUUUUGCCACUCUUAGUUGGUGUAAUAGUCUAUAGGAAGAUAGAGCUAUGCUUUCUGGAAUUUGUUGUGUUUGUCAUGUGAUGUGAUGUGAUGGCAAUCGACGUAGUCUCUAGUGCCUCAAUUCCGGGUUCAGAGGUUCUUUCUCAGACUGUAGAGGCCAUUCUCGAGACUGUGGUUUCUGCAAAUGACAUUCUCUUCAAGAAAGACACUUUCAAGAAACUUGCAUCAUACUUGGAGAGAAUUGUCCCAGUUCUGAAAGAGUUGAAAGAGAAAUAUAUUUAUAAUUCUGAGAGCUUGAACAAUGCUAUUCAGAUUCUCAAUCGUGAAACAAAGGCUGCGAAGCAAAUAACUCUAGAAUGCAACACCAAAAGCAAAGUAUAUCUCUUAGUGAAUAGUCGCGGGAUAGUCAGACGCCUAGAAGGUAUCAUGGGAGAGAUAAGCAGGGCACUAAGUCUCCUUCCAUUGGCAUCUUUAGAACUUUCUUCGGCUAUAGUUGUAGAAAUCGGAAAUCUUUGCGAUAGUAUGCAGAAGGCUGAGUUCAAGGCAGCUGUAGCAGAAGAAGAGGUCUUGGAAAAAAUUGAGACGGGCAUACAGGAGAGGAAAGCUGAUCGUUCUUACGCAAACAAUCUGCUGGCUCUCAUUGCCGAAGCUGUUGGAAUAACAACUGAGAGAUCGGCUUUGAAAAAGGAAUUUGAAGAUUUCAAAAGUGAGAUCGAAAAUGUCAGGCUUAGGAAGGACAAGGCUGAAGCUAUACAAAUGGAUCAGAUAAUAGCUUUGCUGGAAAGGGCAGAUGCUGCAUCUUCUCCUAAAGAGAAAGAGAUGAAGUAUUUCACAAAGCGGAAAUCUCUGGGUAGUCAGCCACUGGAGCCUCUCCGAUCAUUUUAUUGUCCGAUCACUUGCGACGUAAUGGUAGAUCCUGUGGAGACUUCUUCUGGACAGACAUUUGAGAGAAGUGCCAUAGAAAAGUGGUUUACUGAUGGGAACAACUUAUGCCCUCUGACAAUGACUCCCUUAGACACGUCAAUCCUACGCCCUAACAAAACUCUGAGGCAGUCGAUAGAGGAGUGGAAGGAUAGAAACACAAUGAUAACAAUUGCUUCAAUGAAACAGAAUCUCACAUCUGGAGAUGAGGAAGAUGUGCUUCAUUGUUUAGGACAGUUAAAGGAUCUUUGUGAACAGAAAGACAUGCACCGAGAGUGGGUUAUGUUGGAGAACUAUAUACCACUUCUUAUUCAACUUCUUGGUGGAAAAAAUCGGGACAUAAGGAACCGUGUGCUUGUCAUACUUCACAUUUUGACCAAAGAUAGUGAUGAUGCAAAGGAUAGAGUGGCAAAAGUUGAUGGUGCAAUUGAAUUUGUAGUCCGUUCCUUGGGGCGCCGCAUGGAUGAAAGGAGGUUAGCAGUGGCAUUACUUUUGGUGCUAUCAAAAUAUGAUGUCUUACGAGACAGCAUUGGGAAGGCUCAGGGUUGCAUUCUCCUUUUGGUGACAAUGGCAAGUGGUGAUGACAAUCAAGCUGCCAGAGAUGCAGAGGAAAUAUUGGAGAAUCUUUCAUUUUCUGAUCAGAACGUCAUACUGAUGGCAAGGGCAAACUAUUUUAAACACUUGCUGCAGCGUUUGUCUACUGGACCAGAAGAUGUAAAACUAAUCAUGGCAACAGCUGUGGCUGAAAUGGAGUUGACUGACCAUAAUAAAGUGGUACUGCUAGAAAGAGGUGCACUGCGUCCACUUCUUCACUCCCUCUCUCAUGGUGGCAUUCAAAUGAAAACCGUAGCUGUUAAAGCUCUUCGCAACCUCUCAAGUAUACCAAAAAAUGGUUUGCAGAUGAUCAAAGAAGGUGCAUCCCGCCCAUUACUUGAUCUCCUUCAUAUCGGCUCAUCAUCCCCAACCUUACGUGAACAGGUUGCUGCAACGGUUAUGCACCUUGCUGUAUCCACUAUGUCACAAGAAUCCAAUGAGACUCCAGUUUCAUUAUUGGAAUCCGAUGAGGAGAUUUCCAGGCUCUUCACUUUGAUUAACCUGACGGGACCAGAAGUCCAGCAAAACCUUCUCCACAUGUUCCAAGCAUUGUGCCAAUCUCCCUCUGCAGCAUAUAUCAAGACCAAGCUUACAGAGUUCUCCGCCAUCCAAGUGCUAAUCCAGUUGUGCGAGCGUGAUACUGAGAAUGUACGGAUGAAUGCCGUGAAGCUUUUCUGCUGCUUGGUGAAUGAUGGUGAUGAAGCCACUAUACUAGAGCAUGUGCAUCAGAAAUGCAUAGAGACUUUACUGAGGAUCAUCGAAUCUUCUAAAAAUGAAGAAGAGAUUGCUUCUGCUAUGGGCAUAAUAUCUAACCUUCCUGAAAAUGACCAGAUCACUCGGUGGCUUGUGAAUGCUGGUGCAAUUCCAAUAAUUUUUCAUUUUCUUCGCAGUGGCAGGCAAAAUGAUUCCAAUAGAAGUCAGUUAACGGAAAAUGUUGUUGGAGCCAUCUGCCGUUUUACCACUCCAACAAAUCUGGAAUGGCAAAAGAGAGUAGCUGAAGCCGGUGUUAUCCCCGUGUUAGUUCAAUUGUUGGAUUCUGGAACCACCUGGACCAAAAACUAUGCAGCCAAUGGUCUGUCUUGUUUUUCACGGAGUUCGCUUCAGCUAAGCCGGCCAAUACCAAAGCGGAAGGGGUUCUGGUGCUUGUCAGCUCCACCGGAGACUGGUUGCCAGGUACAUGGAGGAAUUUGUUCUGUUGAAUCAUCGUUUUGCCUUGUUGAGGCUGAUGCUGUGAGACCACUUGCAAGGGUUCUUGAAGAAACAGAUGCUGGAGUGUGUGAAGCAUCUUUAGAUGCACUGUUGACUUUAAUCGAAGGUGAACAACUGCAAAGCGGUAGUAAGGUACUAGCCCAGGAAAAUGCGAUUCCUCCUAUGAUAAAAUGUCUUAGUUCACCUUCCCUCAGACUGCAAGAAAAAGCUCUACAUGCUCUAGAAAGGAUUUUCCGGCUGCCUGAGAUCAAGCAGAAGUAUGGUCCAUCUGCUCAGAUGCCUCUAGUAGAUUUAACACAGCGAGGCAAUACUAGUAUGAAGUCUCUUUCAGCCAGAAUACUUGCUCACUUGAAUGUUCUUCAUGACCAGUCUUCUUAUUUCUAAACAUUACAAUUCAAUGGCUUUUUACUUUCUCAAAUCAGACCGAGGAAGAAGGACCGAUCAUAUUAUUCAUGUUGAUGAUUUAUUUUGCAAGCAUGUAAC